CGCGGAACGCAUCGAUAGCUCUGCCCUCUGCGACCGCCCGGCUGGAACUCAUCGGUGUGCUCGGAGCUCGAUUUACCUAGGAGGCGGAGGCUGUGGCCGCAGUGGUGGUGGCGGCGUCGGUGGCGGCGGAGGCCACAGUGGUGGCGACGGCGGCGGAGGCCGCCGUGGUGGUGGUGGUGGCUGCUCGGCCAGUACUCCCGGCCCCCGCCAUUUCGGACUGGGAGCGAGCGCGGCACGGGCACUGAAGGAGGCGGCGGCCAGAGGCUUGGCGGCUCUGCGGCGCGGGACAGAGGCCGGCUGAAAAUGACUGAAUAUAAACUUGUGGUAGUUGGAGCUGGUGGCGUCGGCAAGAGCGCCUUGACGAUACAGCUAAUUCAGAAUCACUUUGUGGAUGAAUAUGAUCCUACGAUAGAGGAUUCCUACAGGAAACAAGUCAUAAUUGAUGGAGAAACCUGCCUCCUGGACAUUCUCGACACAGCGGGUCAAGAGGAGUACAGCGCCAUGAGGGACCAGUACAUGAGGACUGGAGAGGGCUUUCUUUGUGUAUUCGCCAUAAAUAAUACUAAAUCAUUUGAAGAUAUUCACCAUUAUAGAGAGCAAAUUAAGAGAGUUAAAGACUCUGAAGACGUACCUAUGGUCCUCGUAGGAAAUAAAUGUGAUUUGCCUUCUAGAACAGUAGACACAAAGCAGGCUCAGGACUUAGCAAAAAGCUAUGGGAUCCCUUUUAUUGAAACAUCAGCCAAGACAAGACAGGGCGUUGAUGAUGCCUUCUAUACAUUAGUGCGAGAAAUUCGAAAACAUAAAGAAAAAAUGAACAAAGACGGGAAAAAGAAGAAAAAAAAGUCAAAGACGAAGUGUAUAAUUAUGUAAAUACGAUUUGUGCUUUUUUCUUAAGGCAUACCUAAGUAAAAGUGGUAAUUUUUGUACUUACACUACAUUAUUAGCAUUUGGUUAGCAUUACCUAAAGUUUUUUCUGUUCCAUGCAAACUUAGCUUUUAUCUUAAAUGCUUAUUUUAAAAUGACAGUGGAAACCUUUUUUUCCCUGUAAGUGCCAGUAUUCCCUGAGUUUUGGUUUUGAACUAGCAAUGCCUGUGAACAAGAAACUGAAUACCUGAGAUUUCCAUCUUGGGUUUUUUGGUGCACGCAAGUUGAUUACUUCCUAUUUUUCUUACCAGUUGUGAAAGUUGGUGUGAAACAGAUUAAAGAACUUUUGAAUCAUCCCUAUUUUGUACUUUAUCUAGUUACGUAAAUGGAUUAAUUAGUAAUUACAACUUCAGUUGCAAUUUUAUGAUUUGUUUUACUAAAACAUUGAAGGAUCACAAGUUUAUGGGCUUCCUUUCAAUUUAUCAUGGAGACAUCAUGCCCUACAGUUUGUCAUCCUUCAUGAAUGUAAACAGACACUGUUCACACAGGCUUUUUUCCCCUUUCCAUUGCUAUUAGUUGUGGUCAUUAUCCUAAAAUAAUUGUAUUUUUUCUAUAAAAAGGAAAAAAAGUAAGGCAAUGUAAAAUAUUAAAAGACCAUUGACAUUUCACAUUAGAUAAAUUACUGUAAAACACCUAGCUUUUCCUGUUAAGGCAAGUCCAGUAUAAAAUGGGGAUUAUAUCAACCAUUUGGGAGCUAUAUUUGUAUGCUACUAAAUUUUUAUAAUAAUUGAAACAAUUUUAACUUUAUAAGAAUUCUCAUAGGAAUUAAAUGUAGUCUCCCUAUGUCAGAUUGUUUUUUCUUAGCAUAACUUUAAAUCUUUCUUGAACCUCAAUCUUUGAAAAUAGUUUUGGUUCUGGUAGUGAUAUUAAAGAUUAUUUAAGCCAUUUUAGCUUAGUAGGUGUUGAGAGAUCAAACUUCAUUGAGAGUUUCUUAGCAUGAACCUGUAUCCCCAUGGUCAUGCAUUAUUGUCAUGCAUUUGUUUGUCAAAAUGGGGACCAAGAGAGAGUUUGGAUAGCUCAACAAGAUGUACUCUCACUAUGUGAGGAUUCUACUGACAAGUCA